GUUGCGAAAAACAAUUAUUUUGAAUUUUUGGUACGAAAGAGAAAAUUUCCCGGUUGUUUCUUCUUCUUCCUCUUCAUUUCCAUGUGGAGUGUUUCAUUAUCGACUACAGAUCGAGUAAAAUUUGAAGUAAAUUUUCACCAAUUUCCAUCUUGUGAGAUGAAAAAUCUGACAUGAAAUCGAAGGAUUUGAUGUAAAUUUUGAUUAAAGGUUGCUGACUACAUUGCCACUGUCAUGUAUGGGACCAACAUUCAGAAUUUGGAUAGGGAUUCCAAGCUGUAACCAAUUGGGCAUUGUCUGGUAAUCAAAUCUGAACUAAAAACCCCAUUAUUUCCAUAUCGCAUUUAAAAGAAAAAUUCAGAUCAUCUCAUCAUUUAUAUUUUAUCAGCAUUUUGUUAUCUUGGAAAACAUUUCUUUAGCUUUAUUUAUUCAUAUUACUGAAAAAAUUAUAAUAACGUCCAUCCUGUUAGCAAAUGGCUGAUGUCUGCAAUUUUUGUCAGUUGGAUACAUUUAGUCAAAAACUUGUUAGCAAAUUGGGGAUUUAGUGUUGAAUUAGGGUUUUUUUAGUGCAAUUAGGUCUGUAAGCUUGUUGUUGGUGGGAUUGUGGCCAAUAUCGAUGAUGUGAGGUUUUUUUCUUACUAUCCUCCCACUAUUUUUCAGGGUCUAGUGGUAAUCACUACAUACUUUUGCUUUGCAAAGUGUAUGAAUAGUUCUAUGCCACUCACACUGUGAUAGAGCUUCAAUUUUAGUUUUAAACUUUCAAACUGUUUAGUUUGUCAAACAGUUCUUUGUUUUCUUUCUUCUAGAAUAUUUUUUUACAAGCACAGUGAUUAUAUAACUGGUGAAGGUUAGUGUUCUUGUUUAGAUUCAAACUACUAUUCACAAAUCCUUUAUUUUAGGAUACCUAAACCAUAUGUUAUGGAUGCCAUUACAACCUCACAUGAAUUAACAGUCGAGAAGAUCUUAGGUAUAUAAGCAAGGAAAUUAACCCCAUUGGUAUGAUGCCUUUUAGCUAGAGUUCAAAAGCAAAAAUAUACAAGCCCAAUUCCAAGAUGAACAAUAUCAUACCUUUACAAAAAUGUGGGGACUCAUUAUCUUUAUACGUAUUCAAAUAUAUAAUCAGGAAAUUAUUGGAUAUACGUAUAUUUAUUAUGUGAGAGUUAGAUGCUUAGAUAUAUGCAACCAAGAAGAUAAAACGGUUGACUAUUUUGGUUAUGUAUCAUGAAAGUAUUAUAUAAAGGAUUUUAUGAGUCUGUGAAAUUAGUUGAAAGGGAAAAUGAGCUAAAAAGUAUGGAAAAGGAAUUUAAAAGAGCAGAUAUGGUGGUAUGUCAAUAUCCUAGAUAUUUCCUUGUCGUACUUUCACGUAAUUUCCUAGGUUUAAAGAUGCAUUCCUGAAAGGAUCACAUUACCUAUAUAUAUAUGUUCAAAUCUAUUCAUGAUGGAUCUUUUUGAAAAGAUGCGGAAGAAACAUUUGAUAAAAUGUCAAUAAUUGAUCCAACAAACACCAUAUAUCUUAUUUGAACAGUCUAGAUCUUUAAAAUUGAUUUAAUAUAUAUGUAUAUAUUUUAGUUAAUCCCUUUCUUUUGCCGGUGAAAAUUUCUAAUAUUAUAGAUCUGUAUCUGAAUUCUUGCCGUACUUUAAAAGUUUGCAGUGCAACUGUUAGGUGAGAAAAACUGAACCCUUGAUCAAAGUUGAUGUAAUCUAGGAUUUGUUUACGAGUACAUAGUAUAUUUUGGUAGCUGUAGUUCUUUUAAAUAUGCAUUUUUUCAUCGUAGUGAAGUUUUCUUCUCUACUUGUUACUUUUCCCGUAAGAAUUUUCUAGUAUAGUAUAUAUUAUUUGCAAUUUCCCUGUUUUAUCUUUGUCGAAUAUUAAUUUUCAACAGUGAAUUCCAAUUGUUUACCACGGAGAUCGAUGAGAAUUUAGGGACUUUUGAACAUUGAUUUCCAGCUUCUUCUUCUUCUUUUUUUUUUUUUUUUAAUUUUUUUAAAUGAGGUUUCUAAUCAUCCAUAGACUGUAGAGCGUUCAAUAAAGAAAGCAAGAACAAAACACGCCUAGGCUUGACCUGCUGACCCCAAGGACAUGAGCUAAACUAUUUGAAAAGUAUGACCAUUGUGCUAGUCUGUGUAAUACUAUAGCAAUAACCACCCUUGCCCGAAAUAUUGAGCAACAAGGAGUAAGGACUAAGGACCGUGCAAUCCUCGAUGGAGCUUAUUUAUGAUUUCGUAUCGAAGUUGGUAAACAAACAAAUAGGUGUUCAACGGACAACAAAGAUUAAUCUGGUUCGUGAAAUACUUUUCUUUUGUGAUCAAUAAUUCUGACUUUAAUGAAAGUGAGAGAGCAUACUACAGCUUCUCAAACGUCGUAGUCAAUCACUGAAAUGAAAGUCGAGAAGAACGGAAGGGGAGGGGUGAAACAACCUAACUUUUGGAACAUACUACAAUCUCAAGUCACAAUCUUUUCUUUCAUUUAAGUUUAGUAUAUUGGAUGGAAAGAAAGUUGAAACUAGUAAAAAGACUAGUAAUUCAUAACACAAUGUAGAGAAGGAAACUAGAGUGGGUUAAAAGUCUCGUGAUCUUUUGAGUAUCAAGAUGACCGAUAAACUAACUACAACAACUUUACUAAGUUAACGACAAAAUGAGUACAAUCUCAAAAGAGGGAAGCCAAACAAAUGUUAGUUGGGAUGUCUUAACAUCUCAUUAAGAACGUACAAACAUCCUUUUUCAGCUAUAUCUGUUCUCUUCUAGCUCCCUUAGCUUAGACUACUAGAUUUUAAACUUACCAUAAAGAAGGAUUCACAUUCUCUUUUAUAUUUUUCUUAUUAGUAAUCCUUCGGGACGAGGAAUGAUUUUGUCCUAAGAAUCUAUAAGAUCUAGAGAUGUAAUUUAACCUUUAAUUGAACUUUCUUCCUAGUUUUGUCACAGCAUGGUCCAGUAAUAAAAACCAGUUCUCCUACUUAUAAACAAAAACCUUAACCUAAUAUUGACCUAGAGCAUAGGAAAUGAAGACAAAACCUAUCUACAAAAUGAAAACCUUGAAAAGAAGCAUUAAUGUUAGGCACUCAAGAAGGGGAAGAAAUCAAGAGGAGCCAAGCAAAAAGAUAGAUUACUCUAGGAGAAAAGAGGAGCCAAACACUUGGCAGAAAAUGAAGGGUUCAAACUCAAAGAAAAGAAUGGGAGUGUCCUUUUGCAGACACACAGAGAGGAGGUGUUCAAAAAAGGAUCUUCGUACCAAAUACAUCUAACAAAUUUCCCAUUCAGUGGAGCACUUAAGGGAGCAGCUGAAAAAGGCCAAAAUGCAAUCUCUUGGAAAGUUACAAGCCUUGACCCAUGUGCUUUCCUCUAUUUCCAUCCUCUGCUGUUCUAUUAUUUAUCUCUUUUCUUCCUUUUUGUGGAAAACUAUUACCACUAUCUCUCAAAAUUAUAUCGAACUUUUUACCAUGUUCCUCUUUUUUUAACUUUUCCUCUCACCUUUUUGCCUAAUGUUACUAACUUUACCAUCCUCUUUUGCCCUAUAUUGGAGUAGGAUGGAUGUUUCCUUUAUUGGGUCACUGAGAAAGUUUUAAACUUGAAGGCUCAAAAAGGAUAUUUCUUUUCCCUAACAAGAAUCUCUAAUCAUUUUUUUUGGAACAAAUUGCAAAUACCACCUUCGAAGUAUGAUGGUAGUUGCAAUCACACUCAAGUUUUUUAUUGUACAAAUCGAUCCCCAAACUUCUACAAGUGUUAAAAUUAGAUCCUCAAACUUACAAAACUGAUAGAAUGGUAUGGUCAUCUCUUAUUUCAUGAAUUAGUCGAUAUUAUUGAACUAGAGUCAAGAUUUCUAGGAUUAAGUUCAUUAUGCCCGUCUAGAAAAUAAGGAAAAGAAAAAACUAAAUUAAGAUUAAAAUACCAUUCUAUCAGUUUUCUUAGACCAAGUCCAAAUUUUCAAAUCACAAAUACUAAUGAUAUUCUUUCCCCCUGAAUUUUUUUUUCAUGUUAUUCUUGUUCAAUUGUAUGUCAUCAACUACAAAAUUUCAUCCCUAGAUACGAAGGUUUAACUUUUCAGUGAACAAAUCAACAAAGAAAUUUACAUAUUUACUUUCAGUAACAAAAGAAAAAAAAAAUACAGUGACUUAUACCUUCGAGAUUGCCCUAACUCUAUGUUGAAUUCACCAAUUCUUUUAUGAAUUCAACAGAUCUUUUCAAAUCUUGGGAGAAACUAGCUUCUCUAAAUGAAAAGGAACAUGAUUUCAAAGGACCAUAAUGGAAUAAAGGGGGGUAAUGAAGGAAUAUGUUUUUUAUUUUUAAAAAUAAGGCAAAAUUAGGGGAACUUCCAGGGGAGGAGCGGACAUUUUUUGAGAGAAAAGAAAGUUUUAAAUAAUCUCAAUGAUUUCACAAAUACUUGCAUUUUAGCCUUUUAGGGCUGGCAACUUAUAAAGAUAUGUUCCAAAAAAGCAUAUGCCACAUAUGUACAUUAAUUUAGACUAUACCCUAUGGGUUUUUUCUUCUUUUAAUAAUAUUAUUAUCAAUUUUACUUUAGUGGGUGGCCAAGUAAAGAAUCAUCCCCAAAUCCUACCAGAAAUGACAUCAAAACAUUGUGUGAAAGAGAAAUAUCUCUUUCAGGUCCAAACCUUUUCUUUCUCCUUCAUUUCCUCUCCAAAUUUUUUUAUUGGAUGUGGAAUAUUAAUGCCUCUUUGCAAACCAAAUAUUACCAGUGUAAAGAGAAAACCACCCCAAAUAAAUAAAUAAUUCUUUAAAAAAAACCCAAUCAAAUAUAGAUCCUGAUUUACAUUGAGUUGUCUUCCACUUUUAAGGAGAAAACAAAAACAGAAAAGAACAAAAGAUAGAGCCACUUAAUCUGAGAUUAAAGACCAAAAUUUUCCUAGGAUAAGUCUUGAUUAAUUGUAUUUAUAAUUUUAAGUAAAUAGUGCGUUGUCCGUUUUCUGGAAGCUGAUUGUUGGUUCGUUCAUGGAGAGGGGCCCGAGCAAGCCGUCACUGUCAAUUAGAACCAAAAACAAAACCCCAUUAGUUUGUUUUCUCAGCCAAAAUGGAUUAAACCCAUCUUAGAUUUCAUGUUUUUUAUUCAAUAUUUGGUCGUCCAUCAGUUGGUAGAGAGAUAUAAUAUCUGAAUGGGAUGAGGUCAAAUUUGAAGAUGGUGAGUCUGUAUUAUGUAACAGUGAAAAAGCAAGUUCUGCUGUAGCUUCUAUGCAUGGCGGAUAGAAAUAAAAUCUAGAAAUAGAAGUCAAUUAAAGGCUGUUUAGAACCAUUUCCUACGUUUUACGUUCUCCAAAAUUAUACAGAGAAAGAACCAAAGUGGGCCAUUUCUUGUCUCUCCCACUUUUUGCCAACAGAAAGAAAAAAAUUCAUCUAUAAAAAGUUCCCCUAAGUCAUCAUCGGUCUUGAACAAUCACUGCUUCCAAAUGGGAAUUAUGGAAUACCAUCAAACUUUUCAUAAUUCUGAUACAUAUUUUGAUCAAUCUUACUCUUCUUCUUCAUUUUCUACUUCUUCGUCUUCUUCAUGUCAAACUACUUUCAAAGGCCAUUCUUCUUACAUCUCUUCUCUAACUCUCGCCGGAAAGUUUCUCUACUCGGGUUCCUCCGACAGAGAAAUCCGAUCAUGGAGACGAAACUUAUCGCAAAAUUGUGAAGAAAAUCAGGAAGAAUUCCAAAACAAUAUGGUUACAGCCGGACAUGGUGCAGUCAAAUCCCUUGUGGUUUCUUCUGACAAACUUUACAGUGCUCAUCAAGACCAUAAAAUUCGUGUCUGGAAAAUCUUUAAUGAUUUCGAUCACCAUCAAAAGUACACUCGCUUAGCUACUCUCCCGACGCUCGGCGAUCGGACGGCCAAGCUUUUGACUCCCAAUAAUCAGGUCCAAAUCCGACGGCACAAGAAAUGCACAUGGGUUCAUCAUGUUGAUACGGUUUCAGCUCUUGCUCUGUCAAACGAUGAGUCACUUCUCUAUUCCGUCUCGUGGGAUCGGACCCUCAAAAUCUGGCGAACUUCCGAUUUCAAAUGCCUGGAAUCCGUCGCCGGAGCUCACGAUGACGCAAUAAACGCCGUCGCGCUCGCCGGAGACGGUGACGUAUACACUGGAUCAACGGACAAGAGGAUUAAAGUGUGGAGGAAAAACCCAGAUGGGAAAAGACAUUUUUUGGUCCAAACACUUGAAAAACACAGCUCGGGAAUUAAUGCCUUGGCUCUCACCGAAGAUGGGUCGGUUUUAUUUUCCGGCGCCUGUGACAGAUCGGUUUUGGUUUGGGAGAAGGAGGAAGGAGGUGGGCUAAUGGAGUUGGUAGGUGUGUUGAGAGGCCAUUCGAAGGCGAUAUUGUGUUUGGCUGUGGUGUUGAAUUUUGUCUGUAGUGGUUCGGCGGACAAAACGAUAAGAAUUUGGAAGAAGGCUGUGGCCGGAAAUUAUGUGUGUUUGAGGGUUUUGGAAGGGCAUAACGGUCCGGUCAAGUGUUUGGCGGCGGCGGUUGAUCGGUUCAACCCAAACGACAGUUCGUUUAUGGUUUAUAGUGGUAGUUUGGACUGUGAUAUUAAGGCUUGGCAGAUUUCUGUUCCUCUUGCUUAGAUUCACAACUUUUUUUUUUUGGUUGAGGGAUUUGUGUAUAUAUUAUUAAAGAGUUUAGUUGGAUUUCAGUUUCCUUUGGUGUUUUUUAGAAACAGUCGCUUGAUGUGCAAGUGAGUGAUCCUUAUGCCAAAUUGGAGGAGGUUUGCCUUUGGAUCAUCUAAUAUGAAGAUGAUUAGUUAUUAGUUUGUGUGGUAUAGAAAGAAUAGUAAUAUUAUAAAUUAUGGUUGGACAAGAAAGUGAGUGUACGUCAAAAUGAACAUAACUUAAUUGACAUUUGAAUGUCUUCGUACAA